AUGUUCUACAGGAACUGGGUGUUUCGCAAAGCCCUCCCGACCCCAUCGCCAUCUUCAUCUUCGUCUGCCGCUGCUACGUCUGCGGCUCACACGGCGCCACUGAACCCACCCUCGUCCGCUAUUGUCUCCCAGGGCUCCACCCACGCGAGAACGCUGGUCCAGACGCCCGUGACGCUGUUCCGCUUCUCGGCACUGACCUUCAACCCGCACAAGAUCCACUACUCGCUGCCGUGGGCGCGGGAUGUCGAGGGGCAUCGGGAUAUUGUUGUUCACGGUCCCUUGAACCUUAUUUCUAUCCUGGAUUUGUGGCGGGAUAUCCGUCCGCGUGAGGAGGUGCCUGAGAGCAUUUCCUACCGGGCGACGAGUCCAUUGUAUGCUGGGGAUGAGUAUCGGAUUGUGCUGGAGGAGGGAGAUUGUGCGGCUCAGGUACAGAUUUUGGGACCGGAUGGGGUGGCGAUGAAGGCAGAAAUCCGGGGCAAUCCAGUCCCGUAG